GCACAGGCGGCAUCUCCUGCCGGCAGACGACGCGGCAGCGGCGGCUGCUCCUGCCUAGAGGGAGCCGCGGGCGCCGCGAGAGGGGCCCGGCGACGACGCGCGCUUCGUCGAGAUUGUAACGUGGUUGGCCCCCCCUACCUUCCCUACAUCGAUGAAAAAAAUUUUCCUUUUCAGUGCUUUUCCUCGCGUUUUCGAUAUACGUGAGCCGUGUUUCGGGCCUGUGCGGGACAUCGGCGAGUGGAAUUAAAAUGUGACAGCAUCUCCCGACAUGGAGCGUCUCCCGAAGCGCCUGCCGACGGACAGACCCGGUGGUGGUAAUGCCGUCUGCGGACCUGGCCAGGAAUGGCGCUUUUUUUGUGCAUCGCGAGUGGUUUCUCUUCAAGCGCUACGAAUGAUUAAAAGCGAGGAGGUGAUUAGGCCUACCGCUUCGAGCCCAGCUCGCCAACUCAUCUGUCAGCGUGCGAAGUCUCCAACCGUCUCCAUGGUGAAAAAACGGUGCCGGAACGAGAGGUGAACGCGGCGUUUGUCGUCCCACACGAGCGUCCGUCGCAGGAGAGCAGCAAGAGACGCUUGUUGUCUUGCUAUUAUUUUUUUUUAAACUCGCCUCAACCCACCCCGGCCCUGCUCAGCCCCGCCGCUGGCUGCCACCGACGGAUUGGCGCUCGAUCUUCGAACAGCCUGAGGAACCGGAAGCAGCAGCAGCGGCGGAAGCGGAAGAGCAUCGUCUUCUCCGGCGGCGGCCGCUGUCCACCGCCGAUGGGGAGCCAUGGGGAAAGGGGGAAGCCGGGCGGCUGACGCGCGCUUCUCGGACAGCAGCCCUCUUCAGCCGCCGGCCAUUCGCCGGCGCCGUCCCGGCUGAACCCUGGAGCUUCCCCUGGAGCGGCGCAUGCCGCUGAGCAGCGGCGGCGGGGGCCAGCCGCCGUCGGGCGUCGGUGGCGACUGCUACGGGGCCCCGCCGACGAGCAGCGGCGGUGGUGGCGGCCCGGGGGCCCCGAUGCAGAACGGCGCCUACUCGUGGGUCGGGCCGCCGGCGGCGCUCAGCCAGAAGAGCUGGCCGCCAGGCUAUCAGGCGAGCCUGACGAACCUGUUCCUGAAGAAGAACCCACUCCACUUCGGCACGGGCAUCUCGCAGCUGGCCGCCGCGUCCUCCUACCUGGAGAAGAUGUCCUCGCUGGGCGCCGCCGCCGAACACCACCACAAGUGCCCACACCCGGACGCCAAGGACAAGCCGUACCCGUGCGACCUGUGCCACAAGUACCUGACCAUCUGCAACACGCUGCGCGACCAGCAGCAGCCGCGGCCGUCGCACGGGGGCGGACCGGGAGGGCCGCCGGGGGUGGGAGGGCCUCCCCUCGGAGCCGCCUCGGCACUGGGCGGCCCGGCGGAGCGCAAGGGCGGGGGACCGCUGCUGGGCUCUUCGGCCUCGGCGCAGCAGCCGCCGCCAGGACAGCAGCAGCAGCAGCAGCAACAGCAACAGCAGCAGCAGCAACAGCAGCAACAGGGCGCGGCGGCGCUUACGCCGGCGUCGCUGCUGGAGCGCACCAACGGCCAUGGGCACCACCACCACCACGGGGCGCACCACGGGGGCGCAGCGGGGGGCCACGGGGGUGCGCCCCGGCCGCGCCCACCGCCCACCAAGCAGUUCCUGUGCCCGGUGUGCCACAAGUACUUCACCCAGAAGGGCAACCUCAAGACGCACAUGAUGAUCCACACGGGCGAGAAGCCCUACUCCUGCCAGGUGUGCGGCAAGAGCUUUACGCAGAAGGGCAACGUGGACACGCACAUGAAGAUCCAUACGGGCGAGAAGGACUUUGGCUGCGAGGCGUGCGGGAAACGCUUUACCCAGAAAGGAAACCUGAAAACCCACGUGCGGAGCGUGCACACGAAGGAGAAGCCCUUCGCGUGCGGCGUCUGCGGCAAGUGCUUCUCGCAGAAGGGCAACAUGCAGACGCACAUGCGCACGCACAACAAGGAGGACCGUUUUCCGUGUACUCUCUGCGGCAAAACGUUCUCCCAGAAGGGGAACCUCAAGACGCACAUGCAGCGUCACACGGGACAGCUGCCGCCCCGCCGCUACGGCUCGCGGGGCUCACGCGCCACCCAGGCUGUCACCGGGGGUCUCCUUCAUCGGCCUCACUUGGCCGCCGCCGCCGCAGCCUUUGCCUCACUCGCCUCCACGUCUGCCCAGCAGCAGCAGCAACCGGGCGCCUCGUCGCCCAAGCCGCACCCUGGCGGAGACAAGUCACCCGCGCGGGGUAGCGGUCCUCCGACACCGCUCAGCCCCGACCUGCGCCGCGGGCCUUCCGAAGACGCAUCACCCGGUCCUCCCGGUGGAGCUGGCGGGCCUGACCCGCCGCGGCCUUUCUACUCGGCGCCGCCGACGCCGGCGCCUCCGCCGCCGCACUCGCCACGCUGGCUGGUGCACCCGCGCCACUACGACGGCGGGUUCCAGGCGCCUCCUUACCCGUCGUCGUUGCACCACCCUCCGCUGGCAUCGCGGCUUGCCCUUCUCGGCGCCGGCUCACCGCAGCACCAGCCGCACAGCGGCGCCGCGUCUCCAGAUGACAAGGCGCCGCAGCACCUGGGCUCCACCGGGAACCCCAGCGGGGGCGACUCGUUCCACUCGCCGGCCAACCCGGACUUCUCGCAGCUGCUCGAGUGAGGAGCCGGGUCGUGACGAGGACACACAAGAAGCCUGCGCCGCGUUCGCCCUCUGCGCCCCCCUCUUCUUCACGCCCCGGAGGGCGUGCGCGGCCAGCCCUGCUCAACAACAAUCGCCACACCUUUCCCAACGCCUGCCCGCACUCCUCUUCGGACCAGGGUUUCUCUCUUCUUUGGCCCUCAUGCUGCGGCCAUCGCUUGGCACCCUGCCCACCACCACUACAACAACUGUACAUACUGCUGCAGUGUGCCCUCCUCUCACUUCUUUGUACCUGUCUUUCUUUUAUUCCUCUGUUUCUGUUCUCAAUUGUUUGACUUGUCCUCGGGUUCUCCACUGCGUUCUUCUCUCCUAUGUGUGUGUGGGCUCAGCGAUCUGUCUGCUGCCACAUCUACAAGCUCACGCUAUGUGCUCCUCUCCCGUUUUUUCCUAUCAACCCGAGUCUCAACCGUCAACACGCUCACUAUAUGGUGCGAGGGUCUCAAUUACUUUCAAAGAUAUCCUCUGGUGAUAAACCAAGAGGAGAGCAUGCCCGGCCUGCCCCAAUUUUUUAUGGGUCUCAUACUGCAGGCGGAGAGCUUUUUUGCACAGGAGCUUAGGGGCGAAACACUUCUAGAACCACACAGCGGGGCAAUCAUUUUUUGGCCGGGGGUGUUGGAUACCUGGCUUUCAAUCAUUGAAUCAUUUAUUACUAGUGUUGAUUUUGUAAAACACUUGCCAAAUUAAUUAGGCUCCUUUCUUUUUUUCACCGCACAAGCGCCGACCUACCGUGACAUUAAAAGGGGUGCUCCGUCUUGUCUCUCUGUCCAGCACAACCGAGUCGCGAGCCGCGAGGUGUUGUGUGUGUGUGUGUGUGUGGGCAGAACAAACAAACAAAAAAAAAAGGUGUCUGUGAUCGUUUUCUCUUCUCUUCACUGUCACAACAUUGCCCACCCUUCUACACUCAUAUUGCCUAUAUUUUUCAAAAGGUGCCAGGGUACACUCAACCUUGUUAGCCUCCCCGUCUUUCAUUUUACUAUCAUAACCAGUCAUCUGUCACAGUCAUAACUUGUGUAUGGCAAAACAGCACAACCUUUAGCAGUAAGUGGCUUCUAGGAGCGCAAGCAUUCAUACCCAGGCAAUGCCCCCAUUUUCUGAUGAUGGUUUGUCUCGGCAUACUUGCAUGCGUGUUCCCUUUGGCUUGUUAAGCAUGAAGCCACUACUUGUUUUCAGUUUGUAGAACAUGAUAGUGGAUGACCUGUAGGCGUGUUCCAGCGAUGGACACAUGUGGAAAGUUCUUAGGCGGUGGGUCACUUGGAUGCAUAUGCCGCAGAAUGUGCUAUGUGUGUUCUAAAUACUAGAACAUGCACAUGGUGGAGCCAUUGCUAUGUUCUGAGCAUACGGAGGGGAGAGAGCUGUCGAAGCCUCAUUUGCCAAGCAAUUUGAGUAGCCGACUUCCUGGAGCUGAUCUAGAGCUGGCACAAUAUGUUCUUUACUGAUCUACACAACCAUCUCUGGAUUAUAACUGAUGCAGUACUCAUUGGCACAAAACACAGUGUACAAACAGUGCACAAUCCAAUCUUUCUAGCUUAUAAUGAGUUUAUUGAAGCAAAUAUUCAGGUAAACACUGCAAAAGAUGUAUAUAUAUAUAUAUAUAUAUAUAUAUAUAUAUACAGCAGGUUGUCGUAUAGUUUCGAAAGGAAUUGGUUAUUAUUGUGUACCAUAAAACUGAAGCAUUUUAGUAUCGGGAAGUACGUUGCCUCUACGAGACACUGCUAAAGGUGCUGUUUGCCGCACACAACUGGCUUGUCCCCGAUUUAUUGGCCUCUGUUCUUGAGCACAUGCUCACUCUGUGCCGCUGUCGUCAUGUCACCUUGCUGUCUGCACCGGCGCUGUCACAAUAACUUCCAAACUGCAGCGCUUUUUUUCGUUCGUUAUCUGCACCUGCUUCAUUGCCUUUAUCACUUGAUUCUUGCAUGUAAGAGCCCCCUUACGGCAUCAUAAUCCGUCGAGUCACUUUGGCCUUUUGUUCACUUUGCCACUUUGUUUCCCUUUGUCCCUUGGUUCUCCGAGUCUCACAUGCUGUUUUCUCACUUUGAUUUUCUUCUCGGACUCUCAAGAUGCGCCACUGUGUUCCCGUUGUUCUUUUCAUAUUCUUUUGUGUGUUUUGUUUGUUCGUUUGCAUGCUUUGUUUUUCCUUUUCUUUUUUCUUCUGGUGUUUUCCUGGUCUCCAGAUGCUCUCGAUAUGGUGCUCUCUCACAUUUCUCAUUGUGUCCUGCAUACGUACUUUUGGAUCUCACAAGUCAUGGCACAGACUUUCUUUUCCCCCUUUUUUGUAGUGUAUUGCUCAGCAGCUCCUCACUUCCCCUUUUUUUUUUUUUUUUUCGCUGCUGCUGUUUUACAGUGGCGGCGUUUUUUUGUUUCCUUGUGUCUUUGUACAUACAGGUUUCUUUCAUUACGGUUGUCACUUCAUGGCACCAGUCUUGAUUUCUCUUUUUUUUUUACCCAUCAUUCUCUUCAAAUCUCACAUGGCGUGAUGAAAAAGUUACUGCCGUGUUUUGACCACGUCUCCCGUUGUAGCUGAAUUCAAUGUCCCGUACAUGUCACUGUCGGUGUGCGUAUUGGAAAAAAAAAUAAGGAGAAGUGGCGAAGAUCAAAAGAAAAAAAAAUAGUAUCGUAAGAUAUAUACAUAUAUAUUAUAUAUAUUUACAUAUAGAUUACAUCUCAUUGUUUUAUGUGGCCCAUUGUCAGUCUUCUCAUCUGUAUCACAGUGUGCUUCACUUCUUCGUUUUUCUUUCUUUGUUCUUUUUUAAAUCCCUACCCUUUUCUUUGUAGGAGACAAUUCUUAGAGAUUUAGUCCUUCUGAUAGUUGUUUAUUCUUUAGUAUAUUCACGUCUCGCAUCUCUUGCAUGGCUUAUCUUCGUCAGUGAAAUUUGGCCCAAUCUACGGCUAGGUUAUUGAUGGGGUAUCUAGUAAAGUUGCUGUAAUCUUCGAUUUUCACUUUUUGUUAAUGAGCCAAGCAUUUCUUUUUGUCGAAUAUCUAGCCUAGGAAUGAAGACAAAACAAGUGAAAUAGCAUCUGGAAGUUUUAAUAAACACAGUAACUGCAAGUCCUUUAACAUACAGUUUUUCAUUAUAGAGAUCAAGAUCAUCUAGCGGCAGUCAUUGGCUGUGAAUAAUGCAUUUCUCGAUCUGUGUUGGUUGCGAAGGUGUCCAGCAUUGCUCACCCUCUUUAGCAUUGUCUCCUACAGGCUUCUUUGUAUUCUAUCUUCUCAAUGACUUUUCCAUUUGACACUCAUCUUGAGUUUCCUUGGCCUUCUGUACACAUUUACUUUCACCAUUUCAUUCUAUUUUCCUGAUUUGAUUUCCAUUUGGUUCUCUUUGUGCCUGCUUACUGACCGUCAUCACGCUGAAACUUGUUCCAAGUAAUCACAGCUGUCCGUGCAAUAUGGAAAAUGCGUAAUUCUGUCAUCAUGUGCUAUCCUCCCCUAACUAAUCCAGCGGCACUUCUUUGGACUGAGAGUGGUCCCGAAUGGCGAGGACUUAAGUUGAACGACCUGCACGGUUCCGGCUUGUCAUAGAAAAUGAAAUUGGCUCGCAGGGGUUCUGAGAUUUGGAGAUUGACCGAAACAGGUGGGGAGGAAGCAUUCACGAAACCAGGUGGGAGGUAAAAGUUCGUACCCGGCACCAGCGCUGUUGCUACGUUAAACGAACACUAAAUGGCGGAACACGAAAUCAGUUGACGCCCAUGGAGUUUCAUUUCGUUACUCAAUUCGCAUUCCUUUGAUAGGAAAAAAUUUUAUAUUUUGGGAGAGAAUGGGGGCAAGAUUUCCCAUUUCGAGUAUGGUUCCCAAUGCCGACAAUGUGAGUUCGGCGUCGCGCAUUUCGAGUUAUUUUCACACGUACGGGCAGUUUGCAUGCUGGAAAAUCUUAGCAAACGAUUCCACGUUGAAUCAUUGCUUACUUUCGUAUGCAGUGUAAUCCUCUUUAUGGACAAGCAUUUAAUUAGCCAGGAGCACACGCCUGUGGAAUCCAUGAGGGCGUAAGGAGCUUGUGCGAGGAGUUCAACGGUGGUGUCGCCAUCCGUGCGUCUUUACGGCGCUCACCGAGGCUUUGGUCGCUGUGAGACCUGACUAUCAGUAUUCCAGAAAUGUAGCAUUGAAGCUAGCUAAACUUAAACAAUAUCUAGCUUAAAUAGCUAGCUUAAACAAUAUCUAAGUAUUGGUACAACAAAAGCCAGCAUGUGAUGUUGAAGCAAACGAAAAAACGCUAAACAAUUGCAUUCCACUUGUUCGCUUUCGCAUCAUCCAGCAGCACCCAGCGUUCUUCUGUUCUUCGAAAUGUUUUCAAAAGCUUUUGAGAUAUAAGUCAGAGAAAUGUAACUUUAGUAUUGGAAAGUUCUGUCCUUUUGCUUCUGUAUUUUAAAAGUGAGCAAGAGACCUUAAUGACUGCAUUCCCUCUCUCAGCGUUGCUGCUGUAUUCGCACAAAAAAGAACUGAUAAUUUGAAAAGCAACUUCAGAGCUCAGCUUGCAAUGCUGCUUGCAGUUCCCAAAAAAGAAAUGGGCCUCAGGAUUGGCCUCUGUCAGAGAGGUUUCUGCUUGCAUUGUAUUCAGUGAUUGUAGAAUAUCCAGUCAUUAAGUUUAGUAUGGCCAGUUCUCUGUGUGAUAGAAGCACAAAUAUUAACUUGCUAGCUAUAUUUAUACUUGUGUGUGGAGGGAUUUGAAUAGGGGUGAGAUUUUAUAUUCUUUGUUAAAUUAUUUCGAGCCGAAUUUCUGGAAAGGCCUGUGAGGGUUUGUGCAUUAAUAAUUCUCUUUAACGAAAACACUUCUUGUUACAUAUUGGAGGAUGCCCCAAAAAUGUAACACUCUGUGUAUCAGAAAGUUCUGAAAAUUUACGAAACUUACUUGGGGCUCGUUGGCAAAAUUUACAAUCUUUAGAACAAAGGCAAACGUCGGUCAUUUAGGUUCGCAAUUACUGAAAUAUGGCCCUAGUUGGCAUGGCACCACAGUGCUCCCAAAUACUGCUGCUGCUUUUACAGAAGUGUAAUUGUUGUCUUAAGAGACACAAACUGCCUCAGUCAUACGUGUCUGGAGUACGUUUAAUGUGGAAUGCGUGUGAACAUUGGUUAAGCUCUGUAAUAGACAUUUCUAUACGACUGAAAUUUACCCCCUAAGCUCCCUAGUUCUUUUGUUUAAACGUGUAGAAUAUUUACAGUUUUUUAAUUCUAGCAAAUUAUUGCGCAUCAUGUCUGGAUUCGAUAAAUGUAUUACACAUGCAGUUUAUCUUUUGUAUUGUCUCAAGGUAUUAAAUAAGACGUCUGCUUUGAAUAAGAGAUUUUCCCUCAGCCCACAUGUAAGGUUUGAGCGUAAUUAUCCGAGCAGAUGAUAACGAAAGCAAUGGAAAGCAUCGAGGAAUAUGUUCAAGUGCCGAGACUCAGAUGCCCGACACGAACGGACUCGAUGAUUGAGCCUCAGCAAGCAAAUCCGAACAAGCUCGUGGCCUGGACAAGUACGGCUUGUCCUUGGCGAUAUUGGUACACAGUGCGAGAGCGUGUAAAGCUCAGGCUUGGUAGUUAAAGGGUUAAACGAUUUACCAGCGCUAAAGUUUAUAUUAAAGGAGGAAAGCUUUGAAAAAGGCCAUGGGUUGUAGUUUAAUCUUAUCAUAUGAUGCUGCACGAGUUAGACGUCAAUGAACUGAUGCAAUGUACGUGGCAGUCGGAUGCUUUAUUGGAGCAUUGUGUCUGUUCUGUACAAACUGCGCAAGGCUCCCUUUUUUAAUAUGCCCGGUUCAUGCAUGGUGGCACCACGUUGGGUACUCUGUCUCCGAAGGCCUAAUUUCUACAGCGGGAAGUUGUAACAGCGCUGUCUGCCGAAAAAUGACCGUAGCAAUUUAUUCAAGAGUUAAUUCCCCCGAAUGAAACUGGUGAGGCUUUCAAAUGCGUAAAGGGCCAUAGUUUCAGCACCGUUUGCCGCAUACAUGUUAUUCGUGGCAGUUCUGCCAAAAAGCAUGGAACAGCAGCUGACUUUGACUUGCGUGGACUUUUCUCUGAGAGCGUUACGGCACAUUUGUGAACACCCGUUACGUCACCUGUGAUUUGUGUAGUUGUGUGUCCUCCUGUGAUGUCACACGGUGCGGAAGGGAGGAAGCGACGUCCUUUGAUGAUAAUGAUGAAAGGGUUUAGUUGUGCUUCUCCGCCGGGCGCGCGGUGGCUUAGCACAGCAAAGCUGUCAUCUUUUCAAAACCUUCCUUCCUUCCCACGUUACCGGUGUAUCGUACAUUUUUCUUUCCCUUCUGUCUUCUUCCACGAUUCCUAAUGGUUGGCCAAGGUUACGUGAGAGAAGCAGUACAAAGUUGAGGGAACAGUGUUGGCACUGUUCUGAAAGUUGUUUUUCUUACUGCAAUCCCUCCCUUCAUGUCCGCACUAUGGAAGUGCGUUGCACGUGGAGCUCUCCAGCUGGGCCGUGACGGAGAAAAUUUUUUAAAAUGCAAACAGUGCUCACAGAACACCGUGAGCUGAGGAUGCAUAGUGUAGAAAACACGCACGAGCUUAUACUGAUGUGAGUCCUCUCGGUUAAUUUCAAGCGAAGUCGUCUAUAGCGCUGCCUGUCGGAUGAUCCAGUUGCGCCUCGCAGUUGCCCACAGCUGCGUCAGCUCCCGGAGAGUGGAACGUGCACGUUGCUCGCCUAGUGCGUGCAUGAAAACAACUUUCAAGAUAUAGAUGGAUUUUUUUUUUCUUGAAAUGCGUGUUUUAGUUGUAAAGAGACGAACUUUCAAUGGGUCUGCGCAUUCCGUGUUUGGCUGGUGCCUCGCAGAGCCAUCCUCUUCACUUGUCAUCGAUACAUGGGUCCUCCCCGACAGGCGGCGCCCAAUAUUUCAAACACGUACCACCAGCGACUUCGAUUGAACAUGACGUGCGAAUGUUUUCUAUGCUUGCUGCGCAGGCUCUGCAAGCCCGCCAGUUACCCGGCGCCAUUUUCGUGGUGACACGCACAAUCGCAGACUCAUUGAAAAUUCUCUCCUCAGUGUCUCGUGCUGUUUGUCUUUACUGCACUUUUGUUUUCUCAUGUCGUUCAGCCCUUUCCGUUUUCCUUUUUGAAAAUUUUGCCAUGGUGCAUUUUUAUAAUCUUUGUUUUUAUUUUGAUUGCUCGUUGGUGUACAUGAAGUGUUGAAACACUGCACUUGUCACUGCGCAUGUUUUUUUUUUUUUUUUUUCUUGUGUGACCCAGUGAAGCAGCAAAAGGUGAUGUUGCGAUUAUUCUGCUUGUGGGGUCAUUCCGGUGUUUGUGCAGCAUUUGUCAAGAGGGAUACUAUAAUGAUUAAACUUGCCCGUCAUGGGGAAAGGCGCGUUUGUUGGACGGGCGGGCCAUAAGUCAGUGGUUUUACCGGGCGUGCUUUGCCGGUCUAGGUGUCACGAGGGAGGUAGGUAGGUGGUGGCACAACACUGUCGCCGACAUUAUUCACCGUUUUCGUUAUAAACCAGCAUAUUGUUUUAAACAUUUUCCCUCCCUUUCUCCCUUUUCCAAAGUCAAGAAUCUGUGAGGAAAAGGAGAGGCACAAGAUUAAAAAAAGAGAGCUAAUGCGUCCGCGUAGCAGGAUAGGGCUCGCAAGUUGGUGAAAUGCAAUACCCGCCCAUGUGUGUGCCGGGCGGCCCGUGAUCAUAUGCAUGCAUUCAAGCAGUGGUGUGAGCGUGUGUGUGCUUGCCAGCGAAGAGGGCAGCGCACACAGCGAUGCUGUUUUUGUCAGACGCAAUUCCUGCCGGCUGCACUGCUGCUCCGUACGACGGAAGAUAUCGCCUCGCAGACGACGUCGACAAAAGCAACAAGAGUGGACAGUGGUGUUAGUGAGUGCUGCAGUGGUGGCAUGUGGGACUAGUUGGCUGCCACGUGGGGUCAUCAUGAGCUGGAACUCUCUCUCUCUCGUGCCGGUGACGUGCUGCCCUUCUUCCCCCACGGGAGGAGGAGGGUGCUGGAUUCUUUGUAUACGUACGUGGGACACGGCGGUCCGGCGACUGUGCAAAACAGGUAUGGGGCAGGGGAAAAAUGGAGGUGGAAGGAGAAGACGAAAAAGAAGAAGAGGGGGCUACAAGAUUAUGUGUGUGAACUGCGAGUUCGCGCUACGACGAAGCAUUGUGUCAAGAGUGUUCGUUCGCUGUCUUUCAUAUACACUUGUGGUUUCUUUUUUCCCCUAAUUACAACUGUUUUUUUUUUUUUUCUUUUUGUGUUGACAUGGUUGUUGGGUGGAUGUCCUAGUAAGACUAGGCUUCUUCCUUUGGUUUCCUUUCCUAUUCUCUUUUUCUUUUAAUUUCUUCUCGCUGUGAUUGUCUUCUCUCUUUCUGAAGGUGUGUUGUCCGUCAAGAAAUGUGUGUGUACGGAACUGCUGCGUUAGCAGCACAUGUUGCCCGUCUGUCCGGCCCGGUGGUCUUCUCAAAGAAGGAAAACGAAACAAAAAAUGAAAAAGUGUACUGUCAGUAGUUGUUCUCGUAGAAGUUGUCAUCGUUGUGGUCUGCGGAGUAAUAAUGUGCACAGUCGCCACCGAGUUUGGAUUUCAGUUAUUUUUCUUCACCUUUUUGUUUUUCUUGAGGAAGCUUUGCAAGUCCAGGAUGGGAAAAGAACCCCUGUAAUUGGCUCUGUUGCGCCUGCUGUCUUUGUCUAAAGCAGGUUCUGUUUGGUUUCCAGAUAACAAGAUGCAGUACUCGUCACAGGUGGUAAUAGGUGCGUUUCUAUUUUGUUUUUUGUUUCAAUAACGCCACCACCUAUAGAAAUGUAUGGAUACUCAAGUCGUUUGGCUCUCCAGAGGCGUUUGUUAGAAUUCUGGCUGAACUUUGAUUUGGCAGUAUACUUGAUCAUACACGAGCUCUUAACUUGGUAAUCAAAAUUGUCUCAGUUUGUCGCCCACUGUUUUUAUUUUGUGUCCCCCCCGCCCUUACUGCAGGCUUUUUGUGUAUCUUUGUUUUCUUUUGGCACAUGCUUUCUCAUUUUUGUUUUUCAUCUUGUGGUACACAGUAAUAUUAGACACUUUUUUUUUUUCUUUUAAGCUAAGUUGGAAGUGUUAAAAAAAAAAGAGCAAAGCAACAAGAGUUGGCCCUCUGUUUCUUCUUGGUUCGGCAGUUCCUAUCGAGCCAGAUUCUGUGAUAGCCGCAGCAGCCCUGCAGAGUUUUUUUUUCUCGCGUUUCAGUCAGUGAUGUACAAGAUAGUAUUCCCUAAAAGCAGCAAGGUGUCGUGCCUAGCUGGUCGCCAGUGAUUGUGUUCUGUAAAAACGAACGGGGGCUGCUCGCGAUUCAUUCCAGCAAAGCUGCUGCUUCCUUCCUACUCCUCCUCUUUUCUGUGGAGAGGAACCCCCCCCCCCCCCCCUUUUUUUUUUUGUACACUGCUCAGUCAAUUAUUGCAAGUGGUCAUAGCCAGCUUUUUUUUUUUUCUUUUUCCCCGGAGUCUUUUUGGAUGACACUAUGCAGGGUAUAAAGUGGUAGAAAGGUGCGUCUCGAAGGAGGAGAGACUUUGCAAUCUAGUCUUGUGACGAUGCGUUGAUUCUCCAACCGAUCCUCGCGGAUCGCCCUCUUCUUUGUCUCCCGAAUGUUCUUUUUUUUUCUUUUUACCACCGCCUUUUUUUUCCCCUUUUGGGCAGUCACUAGCCCAUUUUUGAUCUCUUACGUUUUCGUAUUUACUUGUGGUGGCUGACUGGACGAGUCUGCAGACGACAUGAACACUGAUGCAUUUUUGUCUUGUCUGAGCCUGUUGUGCUGAGAGUGGAUAGAAUGUGUGACAAGCGUGUUAAAAACGAGUGUUUACCGUGCAUCUGUAGUAGCUCACUGCUUUGGACAACAAUUUCUCAUUUGCUUUAUUCUUCCUAUUUUAGUGGUAGCUCACACUGCAUAGGCAAAACUUUAGUUUUUUUUUAGAUAACACUAGCUCGCUCAGAAGCCGACCUGAGAUCGACCAAUGUGCCAAGAAAGAAGCAAAUCAGCGAGUUGAUAAUGAUAAGGUCAGCCUCGUGUGGAGCUAGCCCUAAACUCCUUAACUAUUGUGUCGCCACUACGCUUUAUCUGAAGACACUCUUCUUUUUCUCUCUGCAGGUUUAGUGUUAGAAAAUGCCGCAGAAAAGUUGCGGCCGUAGUCAUGCCAAUACUUUCACCUGCUGCUGGUUAGAUUGGGAGUUCUAGAAAUAGCAGACGCAAUGGACGCAAAGUUGGCAGACAAUGUCAGCCCAACAUACAGGAUGGCCCCAAGCCAAGCUGGGAGUCUGGCACGUACACAGUGUUGCUAGCACUGUUUUACACCUAUGAGAAAGUCCUUUAGCGACCUGCCUAUGUACUUUGUUUCUUUGGACUGAAUUGCAGGACAGAUGGAGACAUGCGAACAGAAAAACACACACCAUGUGUGCCUCUGUUUUGCAGAGCAAUGUGGUGUGCGUGUUUACAUUCUUGUUUCUCCGUAUGUUCCAUGCAAUCGGCUAAAGAAUGCUCAACCAACUAAUCAAACUCUUGCUUUGCCUGCGUCUGCUAUUUCAUAAACUCUCUUAUUCUUUACACAAGCUUAGUCCUAAGUUUACUCGCUUGUUCUUUUUUCCUUAGAGUUUCCAAAACGCUCGUCUUGCUUGUGGAAUGAAUCCCACCGGAUAAAAAAAAAGAGAGUAUGGUUGUUUGUAAAGAUGCUCGUAUUUUUACUAGAGUGCCCUUAGGCAUGUCGGUUAGAGGCAUAGGUAACAUAUUGCAACCCUUGUCAUGCGCCAAGUGUACUGUUGGUGUAGCAGACAAUAGGUGGCGAGAAGGAUGCAUGACAAAAAAAAAACACUUCUAGUGUAACGAGUGAAAAGUGUGCGCAUGACGUGGCACACGGCUCGUCGUCAAGCAGUGCAGCAUCUGCCGCCUAUGGCCCAACGAUGUGUGUAUGUGUGCGUGUCUGUAUGUGUGGGAAAUAUGCAAUGCUACUGUCAGAAACAAAAACAAAACAGGCAGGUGUUUUCGGAUGGCCCGCCACCAAGCAAGAAGAAGACUGUGAUGAAAAAAAAAAAAAAAGCCAACCAAGUGAAGCUGGAAAACGAAGUUCACAUUAAAGGGAGAACGAACGUUUUCCGCUUUUUGGUUUUUUGCAGAUUAAAACGAAAAAAAGAGGCGUUCUCUCUCUUUCUUUUUUCUCCCGUGGUCGCUCCAUCUCAAAAGAGAGCGAUGGGUUUCUUAUGUGACGCUUGCAAGGCGGCCUAGCCGCACCCCGGUUCUUCUACUUGCUUGCUACUUGUGUAUCGUGUGAACCCUGUCUCUGUGUAAUGUGGUUGCCUCUCUUCUCAACUUAUUGAGCGCGGCUUUCUCUCUGACAUUGCAUUCUAUCUUUCUCUGCCAACUUGCAUAUCUUUUUUUUGAGAACGCUCCGUUUUUUGUUGUUGUGAUGGCUGAGUCUGUUGUGUGUGACCAUGUACGACAAGAGAAGCAGUUUUUUCAAAGUAACGGUGCGUGCAAAAGAAACCUGUGACCCCGGUGCGUUGGUACUUGUCGAUGUGUGAUCGAAUCUCGUUAUGUCUCGACCCCCUUUUUUUGUGUGUGCCCUUUCUUUACACAGCAGUGGAGGAGCAUUUUUAGAAAAAAAAAGAAAAAAAGGAUGCGAGAGUGUGUUAAGCGAGAACAGGAAUUUCAUUUUGCUGCCAUUCUUCCUGAAAUCAUGUUUCCUUUGCACCUCUCUGAUCUACCAGUGCCUCCUUUUGUUUUUGCCUUCAUUAUGCCACCUGUUUACCCCUGCAGUGUCGUGGCCUGGGAACUCGAGGAGGGGGAAUAAUUUUUCGCUCACAGUCGCCGAUGGUUGGAGUGCCUGCACUUGUAUGGUGCACAGUCAUCAUGUGAUCAUUAAAACCUUAACAAAGGCUGGGCCUUGUCAGGCCAGAACUGUCUUUCCCGAAAUGGUCACCACACCAAAUUGCUCCCUCUGCCAAUGCAUAGAAGCACUUUGCAUCAUUUUAAAAGAAUUAUUGGCUAUUUCCUUGCCUCUUGUUUCUUUUUCUUCAUCAGUGAAAAUUUUGCUUAGACGCCGCUUGCAACUGAUAGCAGCUAUGGCGGGCACAUCAUGUUGUAGACACCACGAAAGCAGCAGCUUCAGUAACUACCUUUCCCUUACAGUGGAGAAUGUCAAUGCGAAUUGUCAUGUUGCGUCAUUUUUAAGCACCCAUCUGAACCAACAGAAAUGAAUUACCUCACUGACAUAAUAGCCCCUACGCGCCCAAAGCUUGCAAGUUCCAAGCCCGUGUCCAAGCUCACCAUUUUGCAGCCUCGGCUGUUUUUGAAGCAUUUACGCUGCUGUUGCCCCCUUAGAAGCCGUGACACCCCUAAUAAAUGCUCGUUUAUGCAGAGGAUGUAGGUUUUUCGACUGUCGUGAGGUUAUGUGGGGCUGUGCGAUGGUUCUGACGGAUAUCACGACGUCGCCGCUCACCCCCGGUUUCCCAGACCACGACACUGGUGGCGGUUGGGGGGAUAGCCCUGCUUGCAUUGCUGGGCAUGCGCCUGCCUUCUCGACAGUUGCACGCGCGCGGGCGAUUGCCGCAAGGUCUGCCAGUGGUGGGCAUGUGAAGUUGCCGUCAGUUAAGUGCAUCGACGUCGUGCGUGCUCUGUUUGAAGGUGCUGCCCGGCGCGGUAACGGUGAUAUGACAUGCUUUGGUUUGGCUGCCGCGCUCCCGCAAAUCGCCGAAGAGCUGGCUGCUCGCCCGCCCCAGCCCCUGCCAUGUUGUCACUGAUCGAGGCGGGACGGUGGUGGAGCGAGCCGCCCGUGCCGCUGCCCUCCAUCUCUACACUUUUGUCGUUUGUGUGCUUUGAUGUUGCCGCUCGAUAACUUUUUGCCCUCCCCACGCGACUCUUUGGCUGUUCUCAUAGUCUCCCCAUCCCUCUUCCUUCCACGCGGAAAAAAAAAUGAACUCAUUUCGAAUAAACUUUUUUUUAGUUGAAGUCUGGAA